AGAUCAUCGUUUUCCAAUUACAAAGCUUGUUCCAAUAGUGGUAUCAGAGCCAAAAUCUCAAACGAGACCAGUACUCGACAACCAUGGUUGAGGAAACACCCAAAACCACAGAAUCUAUCCAAUCAAGCAAUGGCAAAACUGUGAUAACCACACCUGCUGUUACCAACAGUAGUUCAAACAACAUAAUGGCUUUCGUUGCUGCCCAAUUUCCAGUCAAACUCACCUCCGAUAAUUACACCAUGUGGAGCCGACAAUUCACAUCAUUGCUUCGAGUUUAUCGACUAACUGAGUUUUUGCAGGGCACCAGGCCAUGUCCUCCAAAGGAUGACUUACCCGACUCACCAUAUGAUUUAUGGGUGAGGCAAGAUCAAUCAAUACAACAUGCAAUUUUGACUUCAGUGUCAGAAUCUGUGCACCCAUAUGUCUCUAGUGCUGAGACGUCACAUGAAGCUUGGGUGAUUCUUGAAAGGCUUUAUGCGAAUAGCUAUCGUACAAGAGUAAAUGCAUUGAAAAAGAGGCUACAAAACCUUCGAUGUGAAGGCCGAGCAGUAACAAAAUAUCUUCGCACCGCAAAAAUUCUGAUUGAUCAGAUUAGAAACGCAGAAAAGGCUUCAAUUCAAGCCCGUGAUAAACCCCCACUGUCAUUCGAAGAUUUACAAGAUAGACUUUUAGCUCAUGAAGAGUCCUUACAAAGAGAGGAAGCACUUGUCAAUGAUAAUAAUACACCCAUUACAGCACAAUUUGCUUAUGUGCAUCCUCGCAUAGUUGGAAACCACAACAGUUAUGGUGGCUUCAGUGACCGAAAUUCAGUAGGUGGUUAUCACAAUUCUAAAGGACUCCAGGAAUACUCAAACCGACCUUAUAGACCCAAUUCUGCAUCUGGCACCAACCAAUAUGUUCCAAUGGGCCAUGGAGGAGGCCGAGGACACCGUGGAGCUCGAGGGGGAAAAAAUAAUCGAAAUUCCUUCAACAAGGACUGUCCAGAGCUCAAAAAUCACGCCAAUGUUGCCAACUUUGCUACAACCUCCACUUCGAAAAAGGGUGAUUGGUGGAUAGAUUUUGGAGCCUCUGAUCAUGUUACUCCUGACUUGGCAAACCUGGCACUUCACUCAGAAUAUGACGGGCCUGAUGAAUUGCUAAUUGGUGAUGGAUCAGCCGAUACCACCUUGUCUCAGGCUCGUCCUCGAGCAGCCACCCCUAGUGUGUCCUCCUCGGAAAUUAAUCAGGUAUGCUCCCUCAACUCUUCCUCUAGUUCUCAUUCGGCCCAUGAUCUUACCUCUUCACCCAUUCUCUUACCGACCCACCGCUCCACAACCCCACCAAUUCAACAUUGCUCUCCCUUACGGCCAAUUGCCCAAUCAUCUCCACCCACCAAGCCUGACACAACCUCCGUGUCUCACCAACCUACUUCCACCUUGCCUUCAUCUCCUGCCACAAGCUCACAGCUUAUGCCCACCAAUGCUACCUCGCUUUCUCCCUUUUCCAAUGCCACCACCGACUCACCUCCGACCCCACAGCCACCACCUGUACCCUCCUACACCCAUGGCAUGAUCACUAGGUCUCAAAAUAAUAUCUUUAAACCCAAGACCCUAUUCACUAUGACUAAACACCCAAUUGAUCCCCCUCUAGAACCCACUUGUGUUAGUCAAGCCUUAAAACAUCAUCAAUGGCGUCAAGCUAUGUCUGAUGAGUUUAAUGCCUUGGUAAGACAGGGUACUUGGGAGUUAGUUCCCUCUAAUAACCAUCAAAAUGUCAUUGGUUGCAAGUGGGUAUUCCGAAUUAAACGUAACAAUGAAGGGAGAGUGGAAAGUUAUAAAGCUCGUCUUGUGGCCAAAGGAUUUCAUCAACGACCUGGUUCUGAUUACUUUCAUACUUUCAGCCCUGUUAUUAAACCUAUUACUAUCAGAAUUGUGCUUUCUCUUGCACUUAAUCAGAAUUGGCCCAUUCGUCAACUUGAUGUCAACAAUGCUUUUCUCCAUGGGAAGCUUGAAGAAGAACUAUUUAUGGCCCAACCACCUGGGUUUGUUGAUGCUAGCUUACCCCAGCAUGCUCAGUACAUUCUUGAUUUAUUAGAUAAAUUUGGCAUGGCUGAGGCUAAACCGGUUUCCUCCCCAAUGGCUACUACUGCUCUUCAGUUGCACCAAGGUCUCAAACUUUCAGAUCCUUCUUCGUAUCGGAGUCUAAUGGGCUCUUUGCAACAUCUCAAUCUCACUCGGCCGGAUAUUACCUUUGCUGUCAAUCAUCUUUCCCAGUUCCUUCAUGCUCCAUCUGAUGUGCAUAUGCAAGCUGCCAAGCGUAUCCUACGUUAUCUCAAAGGCACUCCAAUUUCUUGGAAAGCUUGUAAACAAAAAGCUGUUGCUCAUAGUUCAACUGAGGCGGAGUAUCGUGCGUUAGCUGCUGCUUCCUCUGAGGUCAUUUGGGUCUGUGAGAUGGAGGUGGAACUCAAUCCUACAAGUGAAAAAGCCUAUGAAAUUGUGGUGUUGGAAACUCCUUCGGAGGAUGGUUUAGCAAAACUAGAAGAUGAGGAGCGGACAGUCUCAGCUGUUGGCAUGGUUUUUGACUCUGUCAUCAAUAGUUCGCUAGAGUUCUAUAAGGGUUAUGGCAUGAAGUGGCAAGUUAUGAUCAAAGAACAUGAUUUAGUGGAGAACCAAUGGUUGAAGGACAUAUUUGAGGAGCGUGAAAUGUGGGCACCACCAUUUCUGACAGAUCAACUUUGGGCUGGGAUGUCUUCAACACAGCGAAGUGAAGGUCUAAACGAUUUCUUUGAUGGAUUUGUUCAUUGACAAACAACAUUGAAUACUUUUAUGGAAUAAUAUGCACUUGCUCAAAGGAGGAAAAUGGAGAAAGAAGCAGAAGCAGAUUUUCAGUCAUAUAAGUCAGUGGUCCAAUGUGUAACUAAAUUGCA